AUGAGUAACAAUCUCCAUGUCUUUGUGUGUGAUGGGCAGGUCUAUACCUCUCUCACUGCAGACUCGCUUCCCGAUAUUAUUCCUUACAAGCCUCUUUGGAACCCUCGCGACGACUACAAUUCUUCUCCUGACGAUAGUGAUAGUCUGCUCUCUACUCGUUGGGCGUAUGGAGCUCGUCCAUGGUUUCCUCUUAUACCUUUGAAUCCUGCCUUCGAUGGGCUGAUCUUUGGGUGCCUCAACCACUCCAGGUUCUUGCUCCUCACAGAGGUGGAUUCACAGGGAAAACAUGUUCUCCACCGUGAUAUUCAGGCAACAUGGGUUGCCUUAGAGCAAAAACUGCUCUGGUGCCAGGAACAUUUGGGUGCUGGGCUGCUCAUUCCAUGGGGGACUAAACUUCCAUGCCCUCCGACUGCCUUUGGGUACCAGCAGUCGCAUGCAGACGCUAACCUUGCAAAAAAGGUUGCAAUAAGGUCGCGGAACACAUUUCUUUUAAUCGCUGCUACCUGCUCAUGGUUCAUCAUGAGUCGUUGA